AUGGCUGUUCCAUUCACAGUCGAGUUCUCUGGCGGCCUCGAAAUCCUCUUUGGCGGAGAACGAGUCAUGAAGCUCUCACUUGCCUCUCCCCGCGACGACGACAAUUUGACAAUCGCAGAUCUGGUGAAGCAUUUAUGUGAUGAGAAGAUGACCGAUAGUCGUCGGGACAUGUUUGUUAUUGAGGGGUAUAAUGUACGACCGGGGAUUCUAGUUCUGAUCAAUGACGCAGACUGGGAACUUGAGGGAGAAGCAGAUUUUCGCGCGGUAGGAUGA